AUGCAGCUAUCGCUUGAAAGAAGUGUAAUUAACUCUCAAGGCUGUUUUGUUCUGGAUGGCAACCAAGAGAGGAAAAGAUGGAAGUCUCCACUAAUUCAAAAAGACAAACCUGAAAGACAUGAAAAAGCUGAAAAGAAACCUCCUCCCAAAGAGGAGAAGAAAAUAAAGAGCACUAAAGCGGAAGCAAAAGUUAAAAAGGAAGUGAAGGAUGGAAAAGGAGAAGCAAAGACGACUGAGAAGGUCAAGCAGACAGAGACUAAAACAACUGAAGUUGGGCUAAUAAAAGCCAAACCGAAAGUUAAGGAGGAGAAAGCACUUCAGACUGUAACUAAAUCGGAAAAGAAAGAUCAAUAUGCGUUCUGUCGCUAUGUGAUUGACAUGUUUGCGCAAGGGGAUUUUUAUCCAGGACAUAAGGAAAUGGUACCACCUCGUCUUCUUCUGGAACACAGUCCAAGAAAGAAACCAGCAGCUAUUGAAGAGAGAAAAGAGGAAAAGAAAAAGGCUGAUGUAAAGAGGGCUAUGACUGAAACUAAGAAGAAAGAUCCUGGAAAAGAGAAAGUAUUGAAAUCUCCAGCUGCUACAAAAGAUAAAGAUUCUCUAAAAGGAAAAAAUCCCAAGAAUCCAGAGGAGUCAAAAGAAAAAGAGACUGGUAAAAAAAAAGAUGUGAAGCCUCCAGCAGCAUUAAAGGAAAAGGACUCUUCAAAAGGAAAAGAAAUGAAGGCUUCAACUACAACUAAGGAAAAAGCUGCGGUGAAAAAGGAAGGGGAGAAGAAAGCUACCUCAGAGAAAUCUCACAAACACAAGCAUGAAAGCAUUAAACACGAAAAAUCUGUCUCUCAGACUAAGACAGAGGAGAAAAUUAAACAACAAAAGACAACUCCCACGGAGAAGUCAGUCCAGGCAAAGCCAACAAAACAUGAAGCAGUCAGACGUGAAAAAGAUGUUCCGCCUACAAAACCAGUCAAACUGAAAAGCACUGCAAAGCCAACAGGUGAAAUCCCAACAGCAGCCACGAAAAAAACAAAGACAGCUAAAGAAAAAGAAGAAAAAACAACUGAGAAGAAACAUCUGAAAGAUGAAAAAAGCAAAGGAGUCCCACUGGCAAAAGAAGCUCCACGACAUCACAACCUGACAACAGCUCCUGUCCGCUACUUUCAAUGUGUCUUCCUAAAUGGACCUAAUGGAUUUGGACUGCAAUUUCCCACUAAUCACCCUUCAAACAAAGAAGAAAAGAUUCACUCAAAGACUUCCAAGGGAAAGACAAGGAAACCAGGGCAGUAGAGAGACUGAGUCCCGUGAUUGUUCACAUUUUGCACUUUAUCUUUUCUACUAAGGUCCACAGUAGUUACAGCGGUACUUGUCAUUGCAAGAACGUGAUCCACUUGGACACAUGUACCUGGAAAAAGUUUCCAUGGGGCAGAGGCAAAACAAGCAGUAAUGAGCUGUGUUUGACAAAGGUAGAAAUGUAAAAGUGCCCCGUUCCUCAUGGAAAGGCUGCAAUGUUAACAGAGCAUUGGCCUGAUGGUGUGUGUGAGCGUGUGUGUGUGUGUUUUCCUGCCUCUCUUGCUCUUCUUGUUUUUCUAUACCUACCUGCUCAGCAUUGAAGUGAGUCUGUUUCCCAUUUAAUCUUAUCUAGAGAGUGAAAGGUUGAAUAUAGCUCUUAUAUCAGCAAGAUUGCAAGACUACCUGCAAUCCUAAAUCAUGUCAUCUUAGCAUUCUAUCAAACUGCUGACAGGGAAAAAGCCUCACUAAGUCAUGAAAAUGUGCUCUGUGACUGGUGCUAUUUUUACGUCUCAUUGACCAGUGUAGCCUGAAGCUCACACUUGUGCUGAGCAGCUCGAUAUACUAUCAGCACGUUGACUCCGCAAGUCAUGUUAAUGAUGAAUAUUUCUGUUUAACUCAAAGCAGUAGAAGCAUGGUCUGUUUGCCCUGCCUGUUGGUAAAAUACAACCUCUUCAGUUUCUAAAGCCCAAAGUGAACAGAAAAAAAUGGAACGACAGAGCAAAGGUGAGGAAAACUAGUGUUUCACCAACACGGAGGCCCCAAGAAAUAAAUGGAAUAAUUUUAGUACUUCUACUUUUCUUCUGUGAGUAAAUCAGAUUGACUUGCAGUGAAGAUGAUGUAAAUGGAGAAUAUAUCAGCCAACCAUUUCUUUUUAGCAUAAGUCAGAUGAAAAGCUAUGAUGUUAAAUGCCACUCGUGAAACUAAAGCAACCCAAAUUUCCAGUAGGUAAACAUGCCAAUUUAAUGCAAUCUCAGAUCAUUAAAAAAAAAAAAAAAAAAAA